CCAAAAAUCUCGAAAGCAGACUACUACUUGUAAACAAAAAGAAAGAAAAGAAUUUGCUUUCAGAAUUUAGACUUGCGGGGAAUAAAAAUUAGCUACAGUUUUAAGCGAUCUUCUCCUCCAUCAAUAAUUUAGGUAUUGUGAUUUGGGUUUUUAUUUCAGAGAGAAAGUAAUGGAGAAAGUGAAGAACUUAUUGCAGCCAAAAGCAAACCCUCAACAGCAAUUAAGGGAUUGGCAAAGAAAACUUAGACAGGAAUGCCGUAAUAUUGAAAGACAAAUUAGAGAUGUGGAGAGAGAAGAGAAAGCUGUACAGAAGGCAAUUAGAGAAGCUGCUAAGAGAAACGAUAUGGUCUCAGCAAAGGCGCUUGCGAAGGAAAUUGUGUGUUCAAGAAAAGCAGUGAACCGACUUCAUGAGAAUAAGGCACAAAUGAACUCGAUUUCGAUGCACCUUGGUGAAAGUGUUGCAAUUGCUCGAACAGUGGGUCAUCUAUCCAAGAGCACUGAGGUUAUGAAGCUUGUCAAUAACCUCAUGAAGGCUCCAGAAGUGGCCGCAACAAUGCAGGAAUUCAGCAAAGAAAUGACCAAGGCGGGAGUAAUUGAAGAAAUGGUAAAUGACGCUCUUGACGACGCACUUGAUUCAGAAGACAUCGAGGAGGAGACCGAACAAGAAGUUGAGAAGGUUUUGACAGAAAUAGCUGGAGAGACUGCAGCACAGCUUCCUGUAGCAGCGAGAAGAGAGAGAUUAAAGCAACCCGUCCAAACAGCAGCUGAGGAAGAGGCUAUAGCCGAGGGUGAUGACGAGGAAGAACUAGAAGCAAUACGGGCAAGACUUGCCAAACUGAGGUCUUAGGUCAUACUCCUAAUGAUGCUAUCCUUGGUCCCUUGCCCAUUCAACCUCAUCUUAGUAACUAUUCAAUGAAUUUGUAUUUGCAACCAAAGGUUUCACAUGUUCCUUAUAUGAGAGAGCUAUUAGCAACAUGACUGUUGGAUCUACCACUAGUUAAACAUAUAACCAGAAAGAGACAAAAUGUGAUAUCUGUAAUAUAUUGUUCUUGAAUUUAGCUUUUUUUCAUAAAUCCAUGUGUAUUUGGCGAUA